CCGUAAUAACCACAAGCCUCUCAAACGAGUUCCGCCUCCCCAGCAAAACACAACUUACCCAAAAGCAGCCGAGAACGGAGAGAGUGAGAAAGCCGAACCGGAAAAUGGCGAGCGGUCUUGCAAACAGAGCAUUAACGGAUCGAACCGGAGGCCUGUGGAGGCUCACAUCGAGCUUCCUCAGAAGCUUUAGCACUGCUUCCCAAAACCCAACUUCCGCCGCCGCUUCUCCUUCUUCGGCUUCAAAGAAACCCAAGCGGAAGAAGAAGAAGAACCUGUUCGAGGUGGCCCAGUUUCUUCCCAGCUGGGGAUUGGGGUACCAAAUGGCUAAGACCCACUGGGUCGGCGUCUCUUACCAGAUUACCAAAAUCAAUCUUUACAAGGAUGGUAGACAUGGCAAGGCAUGGGGAAUCGUUCAUAAGGGAGGCUUGCCAGCUGCAGAUGCCCCCAAGAAAAUAAGUGGAGUCCACAAGCGUGGUUGGAGAUACAUUCCCAACUCAAAGACUGAAAUUGUUCCAAGCACGACUAAACCUACAGAAAGUGCUCCAGCAGCUGAAGUUCAAGCAGCUUGAUACGUAUUUCCUCUUUUUUUAGGGAAUUUAGCCCAAUCUGUUAUACCUGGAUGUGCUUUUUCAGUUAAUCAGUUGUAUCGUCCAUUCGUACAUUUUUUUUGUUAGAUAAGGUAGUGUGUUUUUUCAAAUCAGUUUACUAUGAUGAUCAAAUGUAGCAUCUUCCCUUGUGCACUGAAACUAGAAUAAUGUUUCGGAAAUGCAAAUUUGGAAAUGGCUUAUCAAAGAGAAGGAUUGAGCA